AGAGAUGCGCACCUUUUACCGGUUUCCGCUCCCCGGCUUCCGGCCGGGUGGUCCUGGCUAGAACGGAUCCCCGAAGCCGGGGUGUAAGGCAGGAGGGGCAGCGAGUCCCGCCCCUCCCCUCCCCUCCCCUCCCGGCCAGCCAGAUCACGUGGUCCGUAGCGCCCCCAAGGGCCAGCCACGUGACGGCGGCUCGCCGUUGCCUUGGCAGCGGCUGCGGUGACCUGCGGGGGUGGGGCAGCCCGUGGGGGCGGGGCCGGGGAGGGGGGGACCCGGCGGGACGCACGGAAGGAGGGAGGGGGCCGUGCUCAGCGCCCCGGCCGGGCCACGGGGCCACAGGGCAACACGGCCACGCCGCAUGCCACAAGCCUGAGUGGGAGCGGAGCCGGCCGGCAGGCAGGGCAGCUCGGUCCCGGGAACCCUCGGGGAUGCCUGAGAGUAUCUGCCUCCUGCCCCCAGCCUGGCUCCCACCAUGAGCGCCGAGCUCAACGUGCCUGUGGACCCCUCCACUCCUGCCUGCUCUGAACCCGGCCACAAGGGCAUGGAUUACCGGGACUGGGUCCGCCGCAGCUACCUGGAACUGGUCACGUCCAACCACCACUCUGUGCAGGCGCUCUCCUGGAGGAAGCUCUACCUGAGCAGAGCCAAGCUGAAGGCCUCCAGUCGGACCUCUGCCCUGCUGUCAGGCUUUGCCAUGGUGGCCAUGGUGGAGGUGCAGCUGGAGACGCAGUACCAGUACCCGCGGCCGCUGCUCAUCGCCUUCAGCGCCUGCACCACAGUGCUGGUGGCCGUGCACCUCUUUGCCCUGCUCAUCAGCACGUGCAUCCUGCCCAACGUGGAGGCUGUGAGCAACAUCCACAACCUCAACUCCAUCAGCGAGUCCCCGCACGAGCGCAUGCACCCCUACAUCGAGCUGGCCUGGGGCUUCUCGACCGUGCUGGGGAUCCUGCUCUUCCUGGCCGAGGUGGUGCUGCUCUGCUGGAUCAAGUUCCUGCCCGUGGACGCGCGGCGCCAGCCCGGCCCCCCGCCCGGCCCCGGCGGCCACACGGGCUGGCAGGCCGCGCUCGUGUCCACCAUCAUCAUGGUGCCCGUAGGUCUCAUCUUUGUGGUCUUCACCAUCCACUUCUACCGCUCGCUGGUACGCCACAAAACCGAGCGGCAUAACCGCGAGAUCGAGGAGCUGCACAAGCUCAAGGUGCAGCUGGACGGGCACGAACGCAGCCUGCAGGUCGUGUGAGGGCGCGGCGCCCCGGGCACAGGCCAGCAGCACCCCCCCUCCCCCCCUCCCCCCCCCCAGGAGCCAGCAUUGAGCUGCUUGCCUUCUGGGGAGCAUCACACGGGAACGUGGGGAUUCCUGACAAGGCUGCCUAGGCACUGCCAGAAAGUUCCAGACCAAAGUCUUGUCCCUGUCCUCAUGUCGGAAAACCUGGCUGGAUGAUGCUCCCGCAGAAAGUGGAAAUCUGUAGUUAAAAGAGAGACUCUGUUGCCAAGAGCUGAGAGCAAAAAAAAAACAAAAAACAAAAAACAAAAACAAAAACCUGAGUCCUUGGGCCUGGGGAUUCUCUGCGGCAGGGGACAGGGCUCCAGGCAGCACCCAGGCGUCAUGGGCAAGGGCAAUCUCAGACACGUGGAACAGGCGGCCAGCAGAGGUGGGAGAGCAAGGGGAGGGCGGAGAGUUUCAGAGAAGGGAUUGCCCGGUGACACGUGAGGUGGGUCUCCUGGUGGCUGGGUGUCUGAUGAGAUGGGGUACAGACCCACAGCUUUGCCUGGUGGUUUCCUCUGCUGCCCUGGGGGGAGUCAGUGGCCUGGCUCACAGGAGGAGGGCAGGAACCUGGAGCACUGGUCUGCUCAGCUGGUGCUGCUGGUGUUCAGCCGGCCAUCAGACUUGUCAGGCCCCUGGGAAGACAUCCAAGGAUGGAGGCCUGCUGGGGCUGGCAAGGCACAUCUGUGGGCAUCCCGUGUGAAAGGCCCUCUUGAGGAGACUUUUAACUGAGGGGUGCUCUGAGGCACACGGGGCUCAAAUUCUCUCUUUCUAGCCAGCCUGGAGCCCAGUCACAAUGACCCAACAAAGCCACUGGGUCAGGGAAAGGGCUCAAGUCCAGAGUUCUCCAUGUUUGGGCUACAAAAUGGCCUUGGAGCCCAAGUCAGCUGCCUCUCCAGGCUAUGGCUGCCAAAGUCACUUGCUCAGGAAGCAGAGCCUGCUUCCUGUCUCCCUGCUGCCUUGUGACCCCAGGAGGCAGGAGGGGGCAGCCUGGGGGACUUUCUGUUUAGACAAGGCCAUUGGCCGGCCCUGGCCAAAUGCGGGUCCCGUUUCUAAUGGAAGGCGAAUCCCCAUAUAGUGUUCCCCUGCAGCAACCCCCAGUCCUCCCAGCUCCAUGCAGGGGCCCAGCUCCUACAUUUCCCAGGCCUUGUGCAGUGUGGGUUCUGCUGUUUUCAUUAGACCAUAGCCCAUGUUCUUGGGUCAUGCACAUACAUACUACAGCUCAGCUCAGGGGGAAGCAUGCCACAUCCUGAGCUGCUUU